GUUCCUGGGCAGUAGGCAGCGUGUGGUGGUGCGCUGUCCCUGCAUUCUGUAGGGCAUAUCGGCUCCCUGGCCGGUGAUAUAUCACGACAUUGGCGCUGUAGGAGAUACUGAAACUGCAAGCCGAUGGACCCCAGUAGGAGUCAGCUGGACUCCGAGUUUUCUCAGCAGGAUACACCAUGUCUGAUUGUGGAAGACUCCCAGCCAGAAAGUAUGGGAACAGAAGAAGAUCUGGACCGCGCACGCUUUGGUCUGCUUGCGCAGCAUCUUCCGCACCUGGAAUCACAAGUGGAAAGCCCUGUCAUGGAUUUUGUGCCUGGUAAACCUACCAUCGGUGUUAAAGAAAGCAUCGAGAUACGUGAGUCCUCAAAAGAAAAUCAUCUAGAGUCUCUGACAAAACUGCAUGCACCAAGCAGUGAUCAUAUUCCUAGCCAAAUAAUUGAGCGAAUUCCUUGUCCAACAAACAAAAUCAGUGACUUCAACUUGGAUGAAAAUAAUGAACUUGAAGGGGCUGCUGACUGCACUAAACAGUCCUUGCAAGCGGACGAUUCUGGAACCUCACAGCUGGCAUUUGGAGUGCUGGAAUUAUCCCAGAGCCAAGAUCUUGCAGGCCAAAGUACAAAGGAAGGUGCUGGAAUGGAAGAUGUAACAAACUCUGAACCUCAGACACAAGAAUGUAACCAAACAGGAAUCCAUGACAUUGGUGCUCAAAGUAGGGAAGGAGACAGUGUUACAGAACAUGUGCUGGAGGAUUCCAAACGACUACAGGAGGAAGCAUGUUCUGUGGAAUUAUCUAACAACCGAAGUGAGGAACAAACAUGCACUACUGUAAACCCCAACUCUGAAGAGAAAAAGCAGCUGAGCUACCAAAACAUUCAGACUAAAGUGGAAUCGUGCAGCGCAAAGCCAGAGGAGGAAGAAAUGGAUACUUCAGAUCUUGUCUCUAGUCAAGAAGACCUAUUUGGGCAGCCCAGUAACACAGAAUCUCAUAUCAGUCCUGUUGCAAGCAAGAUUGUUUCUACUCCAGCUGACACAUUGCGCCUCCUGCAGUUCUCAGGACAGGCCACCCUUGCACCUGUAAAAGUCUCGGGCAUUUCCUCGGACCCAGGGUCUCCUUCCCCAGAUACUAUCCAGCCUACCCCCAUCAUUGUACCCAGCUCACCGACAGAGCAGGAAAAAGAAGUUGAAGACAUGGAAAUAGUCGAACCAUCAAGUAAAACGGUAGAGAGUAGGCCGCAGGAGGAGUCUCCAAAACCUAAAAACGACCCUUGUUCAGCUGUAGCUCAAGUAUCAACACCAGUGUGCCAGAACACUCCAGCAUUCGUGCCAGGAUCUUUUGUGGCACCUUCACAGCCACAGUUUUCUCAUGAUGUAUUUGUGCCAACGCCGAGUGUCGACGACUCUCUUUCCAGAGGGCAGAGUGAACAUCUGCAUGUGCCUCAGGACUGUGAAAGUCCAAGAGGUCCUAGUCUAAGGUCUGAAGACACCGAAUUAAACCCAAGACCAUCCCAGGAAAAUGUAGAAGAUGAAUGUAAUUUAAUGCUAUCCACAAGUGAACUUAUGGAGACUGAUACCCCACUCGCAGAGGAUGUUAGUGGAGCAACACAAAUUGAAGAGGAUGAAGAACAAGUAAUCAAUCUUUCUACAAGUACCAAGGAGACUCCCCUGCAAGCAGAUGCUCCACAAGAAAACCAGGAUACUGUACAUAGGCAGCCAAUUGACCUGGCACAAGAUGAUGCUCCCAGUAACAGUAAUAAAAGUGCCCAUGUAGACGUUGAUGUCAAUGACCAUAAAGAUUGUAACACCCAAACUAUUGACUCCGGUAGUCAGAAUGUCUUGGUAUCAUCUUUAAAUUCAGAAGCCUCUUUGAGCAUUUUAGAUCAAGAGGUGUCUGAUCACAAGUUGAAUUCAGUUGCUGAUAGUCUUUCUGGGGAUGUCGAUGAAGUUCCUGAAACUCCUUAUGAUAAUGAAGCUGCAGAAAGUGAACAGAAAGGAGAGGGCAAUCUCAAUCUUGCUCUUUCAGAGACUCAACAUCUGUGUUCUCAUGGUGUCGAGCCUGCCGAAGCAAUGGAGGUUGAUCAGAUCGAAGAUUCUCAAGUCUUUGAAGGGAAACCAGAUUAUGCGAAUGUCGAAGAUCAGCAAUCCAUUAUGCCAGAAAAUAAAUGUGAUGAUGUAAAGCACAUAAAUCCUGUGCCUUGUAUAUUGCCUUUACAUUCUGAUGUACCUCCACAAACGGAAAACAAUGAAUGUGACAAGUCUGCCGAUGCAGUUGAGGGAUCAGAGGUUGGUCUCCCAAGUGCUCAACAGAGUACCGGACAAGAGCAGAAAGUUACUCUUGUUCAAGUUUUAGAGAAGCCAAAGCAAAUCUGUAAGAUAGACAACUCUCAAAGUGAAGCAAAAGAGAAAACUGACAAUAUUCUGCCUGCUGCUAGCGACUGUGACAAGUCAUUGAACUCCCCAUCACCUCUUCAGCAGAUUUCACAUCUUGCUGACUUGCCUGUAGCUCCAAAGGUAAAUGAAGAGCUCAUUGUAGAAGGGGAAAAUGAAGAGCGCAUUGUAGAAAAGGAAAAUGAAGAGCGCAUUGUAGAAAAGGAAAAUGAAGAGCGCAUUGUAGAAAAGGAAAAUGAAGAGCGCAUUGUAGAAAAGGAAAAUGAAGAGCGCAUUGUAGAAAAGGAAAAUGAAGAGCGCAUUGUAGAAAAGGAAAAUGAAGAGCAGCCUGUGCCUGAAACACCAGAAUGCGUUAAACAAGUAGAUCAAGAAUCGAAUUUGACCGAACAGGUUAAAGGACAACAGGAUUGUAUCCUGGCUGAGGAUUCAGGAGGCAUAAGCAUCAUGGAAAAAUUAACCCAAAAAUAUCCAGAGCCACCUAAAAACACAGAACAUGUUGAAAAGCUAGAAGAUAAUGUCAUGUGUGCAUUGAGCGUAGAAGAGGCAAACAAACCAUGUAGCCUUAAUGUAGUAGAAGAUGCUGCGAAUACACCAGACAAGAGUCCCUUGUCAAAAGAUAUCCCUGAAUCUGGAGGGAAUAUACAGUUAGAAUUUCCUGCAGCAGAACUUAAAGCUGUAUCUGCCAGUGAUAAAGAGAAUCCGUCUAAAGCUCCAGUACUAGACCUAAACACAAAAUCAGUUAGUGAGAAGCAUGAUGAGGUAAGUCCUCUGGAUGCAGACAACAUUCUAGCUCCUGAGUCGCAGAAGAAACCAGAAGUGAUAUCUCCUCAGAAAAUGGCAAUGUCUAAUAAAUGUAUCGACGAUGCAUCCAUUGGUUCUUGUGAAGAUGAGGCACAUGGGCUGGAUUCAGAACUUCAGGAGAAAACAGAACAGUCCACACGUAGUCUCUGUGAAAGCUCAAGUGAAACACCAUUCCAUUUUACGCUGCCCAAAGAAGGGGAUUUAAUUCAACCAAUAAGCAGUGUUACAACUCCAAUGAUUGGCCAGUUGAAACGGGGGCCACGAAGGCAUAGUACCCCGAUCGUUGUUGGAGACUGUCCAGACAGCACCCUAGCAACCAGUGAUGUCACCGCUGAGAGCAAUGUCGCCACCAACGAUGUUACAGUAGAGAGCGCCAUGGUCACGACAGAUGUGUCCGAGGAAAGUGACAGGGGAAAUUCAGGCUCUGCCUCUAAUGCUGAUGAGAAACUGUGUCUAAGGAUGAAACUUAUUACACCUGUAAAUGAGGAAAGCGAAAGUGCUCCAGAAUUUAGCUUGGAAAAACCUCCAGUUGUUGAGAGAACAAGUGGGACUGCCGCCGUGGAGGGGGGUAUUGCCGGUCACACAGAGAACUCCCCAUCUGUGUUUAUACGCGUGCGUGAAGCCCAUCGUGAAGACGAGACCCGAAGUCAUCAAUUGCCCCCUACACCGGUCAGGGCAAAUUAUUUCCAGUUCUCCAGUAAAGGAAACGAUGGAGCACCAAUUGCGUCUCAAAACAUAAAAGAAAUCUGCAAUGAUCAGGUCAAAGAUCGUCCCUCCCUACCAGAAAGUUCUGUCCAGGACAUAUCCUCUGAUCAGGAGGCCAUGGAAACAGAACCUUGUCAGGAAGAAAAUCAACAUGAUGCAGAGAGAGAGCGAAAAAAGACACCUGCUCAAUCUCCCACCCCACAAUCUGACGCAGAGGAACAUUUAUCUUUGGGUUCUAGAAACAAAGAAGUUCAGACUGUGAAUGUGGAAGAACCUAAAACUGCAGUUGUGUCCUCUUCAACCCAAACAGACAUCGGGCCGAACCCAGCAUCUAAGGUUGGUGAAGGAUCUGGUCUACAAAAUCUGAAGGUAUUAAAGGAGAACGAAAAAUCGGAAACCACACAAAAACAAGGAGAGAGAGAUGACACGGAGUCUUUGCACAGUCAGGGAGAGGAUGACUUUGAACUACCUCGUCCUGCUCCUGGCCGCAGUGUUCAUCGGCAUGUUCGAACAGUUCGGGAAGUACGAACGGUGGUCACUCGUGUUAUCACAGAUGUUUAUUACAUUGAUGGUGCAGAAGUGGAGCGCAAGGUCGUAGAGGAGGCAGAAGAACCAGUAAUAGAAUGCCAUGAAUAUGAAAAUGAAGUGUCACCUUCCAGGACAGUUGUCUCCUCUCUGACCUCUGGAGACCUUGCAGAUAUUAGUUCCCUCUCAUCAAAAGCUUCAAGUCUUCAGCGCACUUCUAGUGGAGCAAGCAGUGGCCUUUCUGCUGGACAGAGCACUAGCGGUAGUACUUCUGACCGGGGGAGAUUAACUGCAGGCAAAGGAAAAAGUGGCCAGCUGGACGCCGGAGACUUUGCCAUACCAAGUGGACGAGGAAGUGCUGGAAAACUGAGUCCUAGGAAAAUGGCCAGCCAGCCAGGGUCAUCACACAGACCGGGAAGACAAACUGGGAUGCAAGUAAGUGAGGAUGAUGCCGAUGCACCGCUUGGAAACAGACCAGGUGCCAAAGCUCCCCUUACACCUCGUGGAAGAGGAAGGAGGGGACGUCCUUCUUUUCGAGGAACUGGAUCAAGGGAAACUGGCACAGCGUCCCAUGCACAUGGCGAGGAUUCCACUGCUGCUGCCAUUCCAGAUGAAGAACCCUUUACCCGCAUAAAUAUUGGCCACCCGGAAGCACGUGACAAACCAAGCCCUGGUACACCCAUUAUGCAUCGCAGUGACUCUCCUGAAAUUCCGUAUCAGACUCCAUCCAAAAGUGAAAGCACGGACUCCCCAACUAGCAGUAGUUUUGUGGGGCUCAGGGUUGUGGCCAAGUGGUCCUCCAAUGGCUAUUUUUAUUCAGGAACAAUUACCCGAGAUGUCGGAGGAGGGAAAUACAAACUGCUGUUUGAUGAUGGCUAUGAAUGUGAUGUUCUAGGAAAAGACAUUUUACUAUGUGACCCUAUUCCAUUGGAUACAGAGGUGACAGCCCUAUCUGAGGAUGAAUAUUUUAGUGCCGGCGUGGUAAAGGCGCACAAGAGAGACUCUGGAGAACUGUAUUAUUGUAUUGAAAAGGAAGGUCAGAAGAAAUGGUACAAAAGAAUGGCGGUCAUACUUUCUCUAGAACAAGGAAACAAGCUGCGGGAACAGUUUGGACUUGGCCCAUAUGACCCAUGCACACCGUUAACAAAGGGAUCUGACAUCAGUCUUGAUAAUCUUGUGGAAGGAAAGCGGAAGCGGAGAAGUAACUUAAGUGUGACAAGUACUCCAACCACCUCACUUACAGCUAGUACAAGUACACCAACACGGAAAGGAUCCGACAACCCUCGCAGCUCCAUGGGUGUACCCUCUGGUAAACGGAAAUUAAUCAGCACAGAUGAGGAUACAUCUUCACCUAAACGUGGACGCAAAUCGCUUGUGAUGAAGUCAGGUGCUGCAAAAGGAGAAUUUAUGAGCCCCAGUGAAAGUGGAGAGACCAGUGACCAGGCAGCAGUCGAGGAGUCUCACGGACCUUUACCACAGAACAAGUUGUUGUUCAUGGGCUACUCCAUCUUAUUUACAACGGCCACCUCCAGUGACAAGAUCAGCAAUCGCCUGAGAUCAAAGGAAAUCAGCAGUGAAGAGGAAGAAGAAUAUGUGGAGAGCACACUUUAUAACCGACAGUACACAGAGGCACAAAUCCAAGCAGGAGGUGGUGAAAUUUUGGGCAGUUUCAGCGAAGCCCUGAGUAAAACAGGAACAAAAUGUUUGCUGGUUGCUGACCAGCAUUGCCGAACCCUGAAGUAUUUCCUGUGCCUUGCCAGUGGGAUCCACUGUGUGUCUCACAUCUGGAUACAUGACAGUUGUCAUUCUAAUGAGCUGCAGAAUUUCCAUAAUUAUCUUCUCCCUGCUGGAUACAGCCUUCAAGAGGACAGAAUUCUGGAAUGGCAUGACUCCAGGCAUCCUUUUCAUGGUUUGCGCUUUCUUGUGGUGUCUGACCAGAAAGAAAACUUUUUGGAAAUGUGGACAGAAGUUGUAAUGACUGGUGGAGCAGCAUCUGCAAAACAGCACAACUCUACAGAUCUCAACAAAGAUGUUGCUUUGGGCGUUUUUGAUGUUGUUGUCACAGAUCGAUCAUGUCCAGAAUCCAUCUUAAAAUGUGCCCAAGCCCUGGCCCUUCCAGUAGUUUCUUCUGAGUGGAUUAUUCAGAGUCUUAUCCACGGGGAGAAAGUUGGUUACAAUAACCACCCUAAAUACAAACAUGAUUAUGUUCCCAGUUAAGAAGACCACACUACUCCCACUGCCCUUUUUAUCAACUUCUUUAUUUUUGCUGCUCUUUGCAUUGUGCAUACUGUGUUUUAGAUAGUUUUAAAUGUGUGUGUGGUUUUUCCCCACUGUUUGCAUGUGUUUACUUGUACAUAGUUUUAACUGCUGGACUUUUAUGACAAAAAUAAAUGUUCAAUCUACUUGU